GCUCUGGGAUUAAAUGUGUGUACCACCACACCCAGGAAGUAGUAUAUUUUCAUUGCUGUUUUCUAGGGCAAGAACUCUGAAAGAAGGAGCAUCACACAAUGUCUAAACAGAAAGUUAGCCCUGUUGGAGAAGGAGAAGCCAUGGGUCCAUCACCAAAGAAAAGGUACACCAUGGAUAUGGCGUCAAAUAAAUCUCUUGAAGCUCCCAUCAAGGCGAAGGGAGAAGGUGCUACUGUUAUCCAGAAAGCCCAGGUGGGGACGAUGGAGGGUGAUUCCAAGUCACCCAAAGUCUACCUGAAAGAAUGUGACGAAAACCAGCUUAAUCCUGUGGCAGGAGAAGCCAUUCUCCCAAGUCCACGUGGUUCUCUGCCUGAUGACUCUCUUCAUCGCAAAGAUGAUGUCACAGUUGCAGGGGGAAGUGUUAGCCGUGACAACUCUGCAGACACUGCUACUGCACCAGCAACACCUUCAUCGGAAGCUGGCCCCUAUGUGUCCCCACGGAACCGAACUGUAACUAAUUAUGAAAUAAAACAUGCCCUGAUGUCAGAAAUCCGACGCUAUGGACGCCAAUAUGGAAGGAUUUUCAAGCUGCUUGAAGAAGUGCAGGGACCUCUGGAAGCCCGGAAAGAGUUGGUAGAGUUCACCAUCAAGGAAGCGGCAAGGUGGGUGGGCGCACAGGGGCACCGCAGAUCUUCACGCAGUGCUUGGGUGAGGGGUGGAGAACAGCGCCUGCUUGGAGUCUUAGUCCCUGGCCCAACUUUAUAGCUAAGGCUGAUGACGUAGACAUCUAGGUUGAUGUCACUUGUGUUGGACACAUCCUUCCAGGCCUACUCAACCCACCUUUGUCAUGGUAGUCUUGAGCUGGGCACUGAUCUCAGUAGACACCCUUCAUAUUGCCUAGAGUACCUGGUACCUGCAAUGUACUGACUAUUCCCACAGAUGGUGAGCUCCUGCCUUGGGUCACACAGCACUUCCUACGACACAGGUGCUUUGGGUGUCUUUUUCUUACAUGGUGUUUAUGUUUAUUUUCAGAUUUAAAAGACACCACUUAAUACAUUAUCUCAAGGAGAUCCUGGAAAAAUUAAUGCCAGAAAGCUCUCUCAAGAACGAUGAUCUACACCCAAGUGUGUGAUCCUGUUAUUACUGUGGUCAGCAAGAUACAACAAAUACUUUAAUGUGUUUCUGAAUGUAGCAGGGGGAUACUGAAGCCUCCUAGCAUGUAUUAGCUAAGAUAAGUACCUCUAAGAAAACUGUCUUAAACUACUUUGAAUAAAAGAUGGGCUUUUUCCCUAUG